UUUGAGGGUCUACCAGAAACAACCUCUCUACCUCCUAAGGUAGGGGUAGGGUCUGCGUACACUCUACUCUCCUUAGACCCCACUUUGUGGGAUUACACUGGAUAUUCUAAAGUGUUAAAGUUAAAGUUCUUGGCAUGAAAGACUUAAGUUUGAUUUCAUUUUGCAAGUGCUUCUCUAUACCCGACCUUAACUGAACUUGAAUUGAGACAUAGUUGAUUAAUUGAUUUUCUCUAAUCUUUUCUAACUAUUCAAAGCAACCGAUUUCAUUCUCUAUCCGUCCAGGAAAUAAGCAUUUGAAAUCUAUUAAGUUUAAAAAAAAAAAAAAAAAAAAAAAACCAGUAAGUUGAAAUAUACCUUAAGUCCAAAUCAAUCCAUUCACAUUGGCCGCAAGUAAGGUUAGUAUCACUUUUUUUUUUUUUUUUUAAAGAAAAAUAAGGAUUAGUAUGUUAGAGAACUUGACAACUGAUAUCUCCAACUAUUGGUAUGGUUUCUGUUUUCCGAUUAUAAGUUGUGAAAGAUGAGAUUGUAGUUGAUGAAUUGGAACUUGCUAAUUUUGUUUUGUAGAGUUUUAUGCAGGAGGGAGGAUAUCUUUGGUUUUCUGCUGGUAUACCAAACCACUAUAUGCUGUUCACACUGCAUCAUUUGAUUGGGAGAAAUCUUCUUAUUUUUUAUCCUGCAAUUUGGAGGAAUGUCAAAAGUUAGAGACAGAACGGAAGAUUUUAAAGAUGUUGCACAUCGAUCAGCAUUGUCUUUGGGAUAUGAUGAGUCUAAAACAGCUGCCUUAUUGGCAUCUUUUAUCAUGCACAAACCUCGGCAAAGGUCAGGAUUCACCAAAGCUGCGCUUAAAACGCUAGAGAGCAUUGGGACUCUGGAGCAAUUUUUGAUGAAACACAAGAAGGAUUAUGUUGAUUUGCACCGUACAACUGAACAAGAGAGGGAUAGCAUUGAGCAUGAAGUUACUAUUUUUGUAAAAUCAUGCAAAGAGCAGAUAGAUGUUCUCAGAAAUAGUAUAAAUGAGGAAGAUGCAAAUUCAAAGGGAUGGCUAGGACUCAAGGGUGACAAUUUGAAUGCUGAUACUAUAGCACACAAGCAUGGAGUGGUUUUAAUUUUAAGUGAAAAGCUUCACUCUGUCACAUCACAGUUUGACCAGUUGCGGGCAAUACGCUUUCAAGAUGCUAUUAACCGAGUGACACCUAGAAGGAAACGUAAGAACACUACCAAAUCAAAUGCUGCAGAGACCUCUGAAAGUAAUUUGGAUCCCGACAUGAAAAAGGACUCUGAGGUCAGGGACCCUGAUGUAUCACAAGCAGCGCCUCUAAGAGUCCAAGAACAACUUUUGGACAAUGAAACACGUGCCUUACAGGUAGAGCUGAACAGUCUCCUGGAUUCUGUUCAAGAAACAGAAACGAAGAUGGUGGAAAUGUCUGCGUUGAACCAUCUUAUGUCUACUCAUGUUUUGCAACAGGCCCAACAGAUAGAGCUUUUAUAUGAGCAGGCAGUUGAAGCUACCCAAAAUGUGGAACUUGGUAACAAAGAACUGUCACAAGCCAUUCAACGGAACAGCAGUAGCAGAACUUUUCUUUUGCUCUUUCUGUUUGUACUUACAUUUUCAAUCCUCUUCCUAGAUUGGUACAGUUAAUUAUAGGAUUUUUGCGCUAUUUUUUGUCUUACAAGUAAUCAGAGUAUAGAGCGUAUAUUGUCAACUAAAGUUCCAUAAUUUGGAGGCAGUUAUCUGUCGUUCUUACUCUGCUUUAAAGCCAUUCUGCUUUUAUUUUGUAUCGCUAUUAUUAGUACUUGCCCAUACAGGCACUAUUGAACUGUUGGCCUUCUUGCUGGGAGAUACUAACUAGGCCUGUCAAUGGCGUGGAGAUGUUCAUCCGUCGUUUUGACUCAAUUGUAUCCCUAAACAUUUGAUUA